AUGCCCGAAUUGUACAGAAAAGAACUAAUCAGGCAACCAUCAACGGAUAGCAAUGGCGGCCAAGAGAUGGAGUACUGCGGCAAAUUGCACUUUGCGCUGAAAUAUGAUAAAGAGCUGGAAGGCCUUGUAGUGAAGGUAUUCGAAUCGAGAGAUCUACCAGUGAAAGAUAUGAAUGGAAGCUGCGAUCCAUACAUCAAGUUGUAUCUACUGCCUGAUAGAAAGAAGAAAUUCCAGACCAAGGUACAUCGGAAGAAUCAAAAUCCAGUUUUCAAUGAAACAUUCAUAUUCAGUUUUCAGUUGUACAAUUUGAAGAAAAAACAUAUCGAUGAAUCGAAGCUAACUGAACAUGGACAACAUAUGGCAGAGUGGAAUAAUAUCAAAAUCAUAGGAAAGAAAGAUAACAACCUGAAAACGAAAAUCGAGUAA